GAAGCCGUCCGUCGUCCUUGUUUUUUUUCGUUCCUCCGACCACGAACCCCUUUCCCUCUUCCUUUUCUUUCCCAUAGCUAUGGAUUCCUUGUUAGCCAACUAUGCUUCUUCCGACGACGAAGAUAACGUAGAAGAGGAAGACAAGAAAGCCUCCGCUCCUCCCCCCAAACCCUCUCUCUUCUCCUCCUCUCUCCCCUCUCCCAAAGCCCCCUCCUCCUCCUCCUCCUCUUCCCUCUUCUCCUCCCUCCCUCCUCCCAAAUCCUCCAUCUCCCCGGCUCCUCGAAACCCUUCUGCGCCCAAAUCUCGCGGUCUCGGCGGUGAGGACGGUGAGAACGACGAGAUAGGAAGCAAAUCCGCCACCAAGAACGCUCCCUCAGCCGCUCCCUCUUCGAAGGCCCCCUCGUCUUCGAUCUUCUCCUCUCUGCCGCAGCCCAAAACCUCCGCCUCUUCUUCCUUCUUCUCUUCCCUCCCUCCUCCCAAAUCCUCCCAGCAAUCGAAUCUCCCGAAACCCUCGAAUCCUGCUUCCUUGGAUCAAAACCCUAAGAAAGUCGUCCAAGUUACGCUCCCUUCGAACCCCUCCGUGCUUGGAAACGGAAAUCUUGAUGAGGACGAUGAUGAGGAAGAGGAGAAAGAGAGGAAAAGGAGAAAGGAUUCUUCUUCCAUCGCCUCCUCUAAAUCCCUAUCUUCGAUGCUUCCCGCCCCAAAGAACUCUUUCUGGUCAGGCCCCGCUGCAGCUCGGAGAUCCAUAGCGGAAGCCGAUGUCCCGGCGGCGACACCCGAGGGGAUCGGACAGCAGCAGAAAAUGAGCGGUUUGGAGAGUUAUGGGGGUUGUUAUGAUGGUGGUUGGGUUGGUGCGUCUGGGGAAGCCGGGGCAGGGGAGCCGACGAUAAAUUCAGGAUUCACGAAUACCAGUGAAGCUUCUGGUUGGGAUCCCAAUUACGGGAGCGCUGUCGAGUAUGGGAGUAGGGGUGGCGUCGAGUAUGGGAGCGAGGGAGGGAUGGAUUAUGGGAGUUACGGGGGCACCAUGGAUUAUGGGAGUUACGGAUCUGAUGGAUCAGUGGCGAUGGCAACGCCAGAGAUUGCAGGUAUGGGGAAGAUUGCAGGGAAGAGAGGGAGAAAAGAGAUUCCUAUGGAGGUCGUGGAGGUGAAGCAGGAUGAACUGAUGAAGAAUAGACCAAGGGAGGACAAGGCGAAGCUGACUGGGUUAGCCUUUGGACCAUCUUAUCAGCCGGUUUCUUCAGUCAAGGGAAAGCCCACGAAACUUCACAAAAGAAAGCAUCAGAUCGGUUCUUUGUACUUUGACAUGAAGCAGAAGGAGAUGGAGCUUGCAGAGCGGCGUUCUAAGGGUUUGCUUACCAAAGCAGAAACACAGGCCAAAUAUGGUUGGUGAGCAAUACGUAUAUUAGGGCACCUUAUCCCUGAAUGAAGAGCAGUAUGGGAAAAGUAAUUUACUUGUUCUGUUAGUUUGUGAUUUUCAGUCAGCAUGUUUUCAUUUUCACAAAAAUCUUGUUUGAAUCAUGAACGUAAUAUCAUGAGCUUACUUUGUGGACACAAGGAUGUUGUCACACAAUGGCCUUCUGACAUAAUCUUUCUUUGUAGAAAUGUUAUACUUGAGCCCCUUUGCAUUAUUUACUCUGUUGUUUAAUUCAUUUCAUUAAAUGGGAUUAUGGAUAA